AUGUGCUGUUGGGAAUCCAGAACGCCUUUAGGCCUUUUCCAACAAAUCCAAUCUGACACGUACAAUGUGUAUUUUUCAGAAGACACUUGCUUGGAAGAGAAGACACUAGUGCCCCUCGAGGCUCCUAAACUCGUUUUUGGGGUUGGACCAGCUUGUCAUAGUUAUCAGUUUCUGGGACCUGAAGGAAAUGUGGAUAUUGAGUUGAUUGAUAAGAGUGCAAACAGAUACAGCGUACACUUCCCCAUGGCUGGCUUCUACUUGUGGCCAGUGACACACCUUGGAUUCUUGGUAACAGCAGCGGUGACCGUGAGGAUAGUGUUCGAUUCUUGGAGUCAGAACCUGGAUCUGAAGUUACAGCACGAGGAGCAGUGGAUGGUGGCAGGCCCACUGUUUGAUAUCUCCGUGGAGCCUGAGGGGGUCAUUGCUGAAAUUCACCUCCCUCACAUCAUCUCCCUGCCAGCAAAUGAAGUCGAUAUGUCUUGGUUCCACGUUGCCCAUUUUAAGGAUGAAGGGAUGGUCCUAGAGCCACCAGCCCGAGUGGAGCCUUUCUAUGCUGUGCUGGAAAACCCCAGCUUCUCUCUGAUGGGGAUCCUGCUGAGAUUGGCUAGUGGGGCUCGUGUUUCAGUCCCCAUCACUUCCACGACACUGCUCUAUUAUCACUUCUACCCUGAAGAUACUAAAUUUCACCUGUACCUUAUCCCCAGUGACUCCUUGCUAACGAAGGCAAUAGAUGAUGAAGAAACUAAGUUUCAUGGUGUGCGUCUGCAGACCUCACCCCCCGUGGACCCCCUGAAUUUUGGUUCCCGUUAUAUUGUGUCCGGUUCAGCUCACCUGGAAAUAAUGCCUGAGGAGCUGAAAUUAUCCUACAGGAGUCCUGGGGAAAUCCAGGUGUUCUCUAAAGUCUUUGCUGGGAAGAUGGAGGAACCAAUCAUACUUGAAGUUACGGACAAAAGACACAAGACUUUGGUCUGGCGCACUUUGGUGAAGUCAGGUAGGUAAAAAUAUGAGGUUUAAAUUUGGGGGGAUGAAAACAAAUUAUGCACCUCUUUUCUGCAUUGUAGUGAAGUGUGUCAGAGGAGAAGGUCUUUUUAUGGUCCCAUCGCAGAGAAGAAAAUA